UUCUCGAGGGCAACACGCAAGCGAGCAGAAUGUAAUGCAUUUUUUCCGAAGAUUAUCUUCUUUCCCAUAGCAAUCACAAUGACCAGUGAGUUGGCACAAUCUAGUGACGUAGACACGAAGCCAAGUUUACUCGACUCUGAACGCAAUCUUCAGACAAAACCUUCAAAUGAUCUACAAGCCCAGGGAAAAGGUUUGAAAUAUCCAGACGAAAAGUCAGCACAGAGAGGGCCCGGAGAGGAAGAAUCUUCACUGCCUUUUACCAUGAAUAUUGAAUUAAAUUUUGUGUGGCUAAUCCUGGUGGGUUUGUCGUUUGGAACAAGAAUGUGGCAGCUUACCACACCUAAACAUGUAAUAUUUGAUGAGGUACAUUUUGGCCAGUUCACAAAUUUCUUCAUGAAGAACCAGUUCUUCUUUGAUAUGCAUCCACCUUUGGGGAAACUCAUGUUUGCUUUCACAGCUUACUUAUCAGGAUAUGAUGGUGAAUUCUCAUUUGCAGACAUAGGCCAAGAUCUUGGUGAAUUUGAGUAUGUUGUUUGGUGGUUACGCUUUGUAUCUGCAUUUCUUGGAAGUCUUGUAGUGCCAGUUGUCUAUGAGGUCAUCACAGAGCUUGGUUUUUCACACUGGGCAGCUGCUUUAGGUGGAUUUUUGGCAACAUUUGACAACAUGUGUGUGGUACAAAGCAGACUUAUCAUGUUAGAUUCCCCUCUCCUGUUUUUCAGUGCUGCAUCCCUUCUCUGCUAUCUAAAGUUCCACAAAGAAUUUAGUAGACCAUUUACAAAGAAUUGGUGGAUAUGGCUGUUUUUAACAGGCAUCUCUUUGCUUGGUGCUUACAGUAUUAAGUACACCGGGGUCUUCACUUUCAUUACUGUUGGAUUUUUGACUGGACGAGACUUGUGGAAACUGAUUGGAAACCACUCUCUACCAACAAGAGAACUUCACAAACAUCUGUUAAGCCGUGCAGCUUGCCUUGUUGUCCUUCCUGCUAUACUUUACGUGCUUCAGUUUUACAUUCUCUUCACUGUUGCAAGAAAGACUGGUCCUCAUGACGACAUGAUGUCAAGUGCAUUCCAAGCCAGUCUUGAGGGAGGAUUGGCCAAGAUUACACAUGGUCAACCAGAUGAGGUAGCAUAUGGUUCCCAGGUCACUUUACGCAACACCUUUGGCAAACAGUGCUGGCUUCAUUCUCACACGCACACCUACCCCGUAAAGUACCCUGACGGGCGUGGUAGCUCAGCACAACAACAGGUCACGUGCUACGGCUUCAAGGACGUAAAUAACUGGUGGAUUGUGAAGGACCCUCAAAGAGAAGCCCUCUCUGUGGAUUUUCCACCAAGACCAGUUCGCAAUGGUGAUAUCAUUCAAAUUGUGCAUGGAGUUACAGGCAGAGCUUUAAAUAGUCACGAUGUUGCCGCCCCUUUGAACCCAGCCAACCAAGAGGUGUCCUGUUAUAUUGACUACAACAUUUCCAUGCCUGCGCAAAACCUCUGGAAAGUGGAAAUAAUAAAUCCAGACAGCAGUGACGUUUGGAAGACGAUCCACUCUCAAGUUCGAUUAAUCCAUGUCAAUACUUCUCAGGCAGUAAAGAUUUCAGGUAUGGAGUUACCGGAUUGGGGAUUUCACCAACUUGAGGUGUGCACAGAUAAAUCCAUAAAGCAGACAAACACGAUCUGGAAUGUCGAGGAACAUCAACAAAAUAUUACUUAUCCCGAAGGUCAAGGUCCAACAGAAGUCGAGAUGAAAACAGACCAUUCGGAAAAGGCAUUUAAACCUAUGCCUUUCCUUUCAAAAUUUUGGGAGAUCCAGCUUAAGAUGCUAGAAUCCACCAAGGAGCUCUCUGCUGAGCACACGUUCGGAUCGCGUCCUUCAUGGUGGCCUCUGAUGAGAAGAGGAGUCGCGUUUUGGAUUGCCAGAGACACUAAUGCGCAAAUAUUCUGCAUUGGCAACCCUUUUGUAUGGUGGGCGACCACUCUUUCCCUUCCUGUGUACUUUGGACUUUUAAUUUUUUAUUUAUUGAGGAGAAGAAGAAAGGUGUACGACUUGUCAGAAGAUGCGUGGGAGAGAUACGUGUUUUGUGGUGAAGCGGUGGUUGUGGGAUAUCUUCUUCACUUCAUGACUUUCUUCCCCAUGGAGCGAACAUUGUUUAUUCAUCACUACCUCCCCGCCCUGUUCUAUAAAAUAAUUCUUCUCCCAGUGAUGUUACAACACCUUCAUGAUGAGAUCUUUAGAUACAAAUCACUUCGAUGGAUUUUGUACGGAUGUUGCGCACUCUUGAUUGUAGUGGUUCUAUGGGGAUUUUAUUUCUUCAGUCCUUUCACAUAUGGUGACGUAGCUCUCUCUUCUGCCGACAUCAACAGACGGAAAUGGCUCAGCACGUGGGACAUGCUUUCUCACCCGAACACGUGACGUGAGACACAUGUCCAUUGACUGUCACUCCUUCUACCCUCCUACCCAGACUUCUUAACGCAAAUACGAGUGUUAAAAUAAAUAGAAUUUAGAGAUACUGGGAACGAGAGUCGCGUGUGAGAGAAUCUGCGAUUGUUUGGGUAGACGAAUACAGAUGGACCUUCCAUGUUCUUUUACAGUAUAAACGUGAUGCCUUGGGAUCUGGCUACUAGACGAGUAUUGAAGCCAGGAGAUCAAAUUAAUCCAGUGUUCUAUAAUUUCUUUAACGCAUUUUUUUCUUUUAACACGUGUAAUUUGUACCCAGAGAACAAAUUUGUUUGUUUUGUUUUGUUUUUUUUUGUUUGUUUGUUUGUUUUUUUUAAUCAAUUGCAUAAUCAAGAAGUUCAAAACCAAUGUCAAAGUCCACCCCAGUGCUGGAUUAGCUCAAUAGAAAUUUGGAAAAACAUUUUGCCGAAUGAUUGCGUAGCGUGUACCCAAACAGAUUUCAAACGCGAGUGUCACGCGCGGACAUAUUUUAAUAACUUUUUCAAAUGUAUGUUCUAAGUAAAUAGUUGCUAUUUAACUUAUACAGUUCCGUUUCCGGCCACGCCUGGUUUUCGGCGAACCUCGCUUGGUCAAGUGAUAUUAUUUAUUAAUCAGUAGGUAAUAAUAAUAUUCUAAGAAAAUUGCUUCAGCACACACUCUAAGAGCCAUUCCUUAGUUCGUCUUUGCAUCCGUAGUUGUAAUCAGUCACUCCUUUGUAAAUGUACUGCGGUACGUGUUGAAAGAGAAUUCUUUCCUCUGCAAUCAAGGAGGCCCUCCUCAAUACAUGACUUUCCAAAGGAUAAACGUGAAAGAAUCAUUACCGAAGGGACAAUUUGUUUUGAAAUCUCUCAGUAGCGCAGGGAAUCUAUUUGGAUCGACGCGCUUAAACCUCAAAGAAGCUAGUUUAUUUCAACACCUUGAAGUAGUAGUUAAUAGUCCCCAUUUUAACCAUCCUCGUUCCUUUCUUCAUUAUUAGUUUCGUCGGCAAAAAAGGUGAACUAUUUCUUUUACCUCUACAAGUACCAACACACCCAUUGUGGCAGUCCCUUAAGCAGACAUUGUUUGGUCUUGUCACGCUUCGUGCUACAUUCUCAAUGCGUUGCGUGAAAAGACCUGUGUCACGCGCGUACACAUGCUAUGCGUGACAAGACCUAAUGACGGGCGUAGUCAGCGAAUAGUCCUGAGAGUUGUGGCUAAUUUUAAAUUAUUUUUCAACGCAUGAUUGCAAACACUAACUUAAACCUGUGUAUUUAAUAAGAGGAAGGUUUUAUGUUUCAGCUGACCCCUUCCUCACAACUCUGAUUUGUUUUGCUUUUCAUAUGAUAAGAAUUAAAUAGUAAUUAUGAUCUUAGA